AUGUAUCUGCUCACCAAUCCUUCUCCACCACGUUCAGCUGCUCACCAAUCCUUCUCCACCACGUUCAGCUGCUCACCAAUCCUUCUCCACCACGUUCAGCUGCUCACCAAUCCUUCUCCACCACGUUCAGCUGCUCACCAAUCCUUCUCCACCACGUUCAGCUGCUCACCAAUCCUUCUCCACCACGUUCAGCUGCUCACCAAUCCUUCUCCACCACGUUCAGCUGCUCACCAAUCCUUCUCCACCACGUUCAGCUGCUCACCAAUCCUUCUCCACCACGUUCAGCUGCUCACCAAUCCUUCUCCACCACGUUCAGCUGCUCACCAAUCCUUCUCCACCACGUUCAGCUGCUCACCAAUCCUUCUCCACCACGUUCAGCUGCUCACCAAUCCUUCUCCACCACGUUCAGCUGCUCACCAAUCCUUCUCCACCACGUUCAGCUGCUCACCAAUCCUUCUCCACCACGUUCAGCUGCUCACCAAUCCUUCUCCACCACGUUCAGCUGCUCACCAAUCCUUCUCCACCACGUUCAGCUGCUCACCAAUCCUUCUCCACCACGUUCAGCUGCUCACCAAUCCUUCUCCACCACGUUCAGCUGCUCACCAAUCCUUCUCCACCACGUUCAGCUGCUCACCAAUCCUUCUCCACCACGUUCAGCUGCUCACCAAUCCUUCUCCACCACGUUCAGCUGCUCACCAAUCCUUCUCCACCACGUUCAGCUGCUCACCAAUCCUUCUCCACCACGUUCAGCUGCUCACCAAUCCUUCUCCACCACGUUCAGCUGCUCACCAAUCCUUCUCCACCACGUUCAGCUGCUCACCAAUCCUUCUCCACCACGUUCAGCUGCUCACCAAUCCUUCUCCACCACGUUCAGCUGCUCACCAAUCCUUCUCCACCACGUUCAGCUGCUCACCAAUCCUUCUCCACCACGUUCAGCUGCUCACCAAUCCUUCUCCACCACGUUCAGCUGCUCACCAAUCCUUCUCCACCACGUUCAGCUGCUCACCAAUCCUUCUCCACCACGUUCAGCUGCUCACCAAUCCUUCUCCACCACGUUCAGCUGCUCACCAAUCCUUCUCCACCACGUUCAGCUGCUCACCAAUCCUUCUCCACCACGUUCAGCUGCUCACCAAUCCUUCUCCACCACGUUCAGCUGCUCACCAAUCCUUCUCCACCACGUUCAGCUGCUCACCAAUCCUUCUCCACCACGUUCAGCUGCUCACCAAUCCUUCUCCACCACGUUCAGCUGCUCACCAAUCCUUCUCCACCACGUUCAGCUGCUCACCAAUCCUUCUCCACCACGUUCAGCUGCUCACCAAUCCUUCUCCACCACGUUCAGCUGCUCACCAAUCCUUCUCCACCACGUUCAGCUGCUCACCAAUCCUUCUCCACCACGUUCAGCUGCUCACCAAUCCUUCUCCACCACGUUCAGCUGCUCACCAAUCCUUCUCCACCACGUUCAGCUGCUCACCAAUCCUUCUCCACCACGUUCAGCUGCUCACCAAUCCUUCUCCACCACGUUCAGCUGCUCACCAAUCCUUCUCCACCACGUUCAGCUGCUCACCAAUCCUUCUCCACCACGUUCAGCUGCUCACCAAUCCUUCUCCACCACGUUCAGCUGCUCACCAAUCCUUCUCCACCACGUUCAGCUGCUCACCAAUCCUUCUCCACCACGUUCAGCUGCUCACCAAUCCUUCUCCACCACGUUCAGCUGCUCACCAAUCCUUCUCCACCACGUUCAGCUGCUCACCAAUCCUUCUCCACCACGUUCAGCUGCUCACCAAUCCUUCUCCACCACGUUCAGCUGCUCACCAAUCCUUCUCCACCACGUUCAGCUGCUCACCAAUCCUUCUCCACCACGUUCAGCUGCUCACCAAUCCUUCUCCACCACGUUCAGCUGCUCACCAAUCCUUCUCCACCACGUUCAGCUGCUCACCAAUCCUUCUCCACCACGUUCAGCUGCUCACCAAUCCUUCUCCACCACGUUCAGCUGCUCACCAAUCCUUCUCCACCACGUUCAGCUGCUCACCAAUCCUUCUCCACCACGUUCAGCUGCUCACCAAUCCUUCUCCACCACGUUCAGCUGCUCACCAAUCCUUCUCCACCACGUUCAGCUGCUCACCAAUCCUUCUCCACCACGUUCAGCUGCUCACCAAUCCUUCUCCACCACGUUCAGCUGCUCACCAAUCCUUCUCCACCACGUUCAGCUGCUCACCAAUCCUUCUCCACCACGUUCAGCUGCUCACCAAUCCUUCUCCACCACGUUCAGCUGCUCACCAAUCCUUCUCCACCACGUUCAGCUGCUCACCAAUCCUUCUCCACCACGUUCAGCUGCUCACCAAUCCUUCUCCACCACGUUCAGCUGCUCACCAAUCCUUCUCCACCACGUUCAGCUGCUCACCAAUCCUUCUCCACCACGUUCAGCUGCUCACCAAUCCUUCUCCACCACGUUCAGCUGCUCACCAAUCCUUCUCCACCACGUUCAGCUGCUCACCAAUCCUUCUCCACCACGUUCAGCUGCUCACCAAUCCUUCUCCACCACGUUCAGCUGCUCACCAAUCCUUCUCCACCACGUUCAGCUGCUCACCAAUCCUUCUCCACCACGUUCAGCUGCUCACCAAUCCUUCUCCACCACGUUCAGCUGCUCACCAAUCCUUCUCCACCACGUUCAGCUGCUCACCAAUCCUUCUCCACCACGUUCAGCUGCUCACCAAUCCUUCUCCACCACGUUCAGCUGCUCACCAAUCCUUCUCCACCACGUUCAGCUGCUCACCAAUCCUUCUCCACCACGUUCAGCUGCUCACCAAUCCUUCUCCACCACGUUCAGCUGCUCACCAAUCCUUCUCCACCACGUUCAGCUGCUCACCAAUCCUUCUCCACCACGUUCAGCUGCUCACCAAUCCUUCUCCACCACGUUCAGCUGCUCACCAAUCCUUCUCCACCACGUUCAGCUGCUCACCAAUCCUUCUCCACCACGUUCAGCUGCUCACCAAUCCUUCUCCACCACGUUCAGCUGCUCACCAAUCCUUCUCCACCACGUUCAGCUGCUCACCAAUCCUUCUCCACCACGUUCAGCUGCUCACCAAUCCUUCUCCACCACGUUCAGCUGCUCACCAAUCCUUCUCCACCACGUUCAGCUGCUCACCAAUCCUUCUCCACCACGUUCAGCUGCUCACCAAUCCUUCUCCACCACGUUCAGCUGCUCACCAAUCCUUCUCCACCACGUUCAGCUGCUCACCAAUCCUUCUCCACCACGUUCAGCUGCUCACCAAUCCUUCUCCACCACGUUCAGCUGCUCACCAAUCCUUCUCCACCACGUUCAGCUGCUCACCAAUCCUUCUCCACCACGUUCAGCUGCUCACCAAUCCUUCUCCACCACGUUCAGCUGCUCACCAAUCCUUCUCCACCACGUUCAGCUGCUCACCAAUCCUUCUCCACCACGUUCAGCUGCUCACCAAUCCUUCUCCACCACGUUCAGCUGCUCACCAAUCCUUCUCCACCACGUUCAGCUGCUCACCAAUCCUUCUCCACCACGUUCAGCUGCUCACCAAUCCUUCUCCACCACGUUCAGCUGCUCACCAAUCCUUCUCCACCACGUUCAGCUGCUCACCAAUCCUUCUCCACCACGUUCAGCUGCUCACCAAUCCUUCUCCACCACGUUCAGCUGCUCACCAAUCCUUCUCCACCACGUUCAGCUGCUCACCAAUCCUUCUCCACCACGUUCAGCUGCUCACCAAUCCUUCUCCACCACGUUCAGCUGCUCACCAAUCCUUCUCCACCACGUUCAGCUGCUCACCAAUCCUUUUCACCACGUUCAGCUGCUCACCAAUCCUUUUUCACCACGUUCAGCUGCUCACCAAUCCUUCUCCACCACGUUCAGCUGCUCACCAAUCCUUCUCCACCACGUUCAGCUGCUCACCAAUCCUUCUCCACCACGUUCAGCUGCUCACCAAUCCUUCUCCACCACGUUCAGCUGCUCACCAAUCCUUCUCCACCACGUUCAGCUGCUCACCAAUCCUUCUCCACCACGUUCAGCUGCUCACCAAUCCUUCUCCACCACGUUCAGCUGCUCACCAAUCCUUCUCCACCACGUUCAGCUGCUCACCAAUCCUUCUCCACCACGUUCAGCUGCUCACCAAUCCUUCUCCACCACGUUCAGCUGCUCACCAAUCCUUCUCCACCACGUUCAGCUGCUCACCAAUCCUUCUCCACCACGUUCAGCUGCUCACCAAUCCUUCUCCACCACGUUCAGCUGCUCACCAAUCCUUCUCCACCACGUUCAGCUGCUCACCAAUCCUUCUCCACCACGUUCAGCUGCUCACCAAUCCUUCUCCACCACGUUCAGCUGCUCACCAAUCCUUCUCCACCACGUUCAGCUGCUCACCAAUCCUUCUCCACCACGUUCAGCUGCUCACCAAUCCUUCUCCACCACGUUCAGCUGCUCACCAAUCCUUCUCCACCACGUUCAGCUGCUCACCAAUCCUUCUCCACCACGUUCAGCUGCUCACCAAUCCUUCUCCACCACGUUCAGCUGCUCACCAAUCCUUCUCCACCACGUUCAGCUGCUCACCAAUCCUUCUCCACCACGUUCAGCUGCUCACCAAUCCUUCUCCACCACGUUCAGCUGCUCACCAAUCCUUCUCCACCACGUUCAGCUGCUCACCAAUCCUUCUCCACCACGUUCAGCUGCUCACCAAUCCUUCUCCACCACGUUCAGCUGCUCACCAAUCCUUCUCCACCACGUUCAGCUGCUCACCAAUCCUUCUCCACCACGUUCAGCUGCUCACCAAUCCUUCUCCACCACGUUCAGCUGCUCACCAAUCCUUCUCCACCACGUUCAGCUGCUCACCAAUCCUUCUCCACCACGUUCAGCUGCUCACCAAUCCUUCUCCACCACGUUCAGCUGCUCACCAAUCCUUCUCCACCACGUUCAGCUGCUCACCAAUCCUUCUCCACCACGUUCAGCUGCUCACCAAUCCUUCUCCACCACGUUCAGCUGCUCACCAAUCCUUCUCCACCACGUUCAGCUGCUCACCAAUCCUUCUCCACCACGUUCAGCUGCUCACCAAUCCUUCUCCACCACGUUCAGCUGCUCACCAAUCCUUCUCCACCACGUUCAGCUGCUCACCAAUCCUUCUCCACCACGUUCAGCUGCUCACCAAUCCUUCUCCACCACGUUCAGCUGCUCACCAAUCCUUCUCCACCACGUUCAGCUGCUCACCAAUCCUUCUCCACCACGUUCAGCUGCUCACCAAUCCUUCUCCACCACGUUCAGCUGCUCACCAAUCCUUCUCCACCACGUUCAGCUGCUCACCAAUCCUUCUCCACCACGUUCAGCUGCUCACCAAUCCUUCUCCACCACGUUCAGCUGCUCACCAAUCCUUCUCCACCACGUUCAGCUGCUCACCAAUCCUUCUCCACCACGUUCAGCUGCUCACCAAUCCUUCUCCACCACGUUCAGCUGCUCACCAAUCCUUCUCCACCACGUUCAGCUGCUCACCAAUCCUUCUCCACCACGUUCAGCUGCUCACCAAUCCUUCUCCACCACGUUCAGCUGCUCACCAAUCCUUCUCCACCACGUUCAGCUGCUCACCAAUCCUUCUCCACCACGUUCAGCUGCUCACCAAUCCUUCUCCACCACGUUCAGCUGCUCACCAAUCCUUCUCCACCACGUUCAGCUGCUCACCAAUCCUUCUCCACCACGUUCAGCUGCUCACCAAUCCUUCUCCACCACGUUCAGCUGCUCACCAAUCCUUCUCCACCACGUUCAGCUGCUCACCAAUCCUUCUCCACCACGUUCAGCUGCUCACCAAUCCUUCUCCACCACGUUCAGCUGCUCACCAAUCCUUCUCCACCACGUUCAGCUGCUCACCAAUCCUUCUCCACCACGUUCAGCUGCUCACCAAUCCUUCUCCACCACGUUCAGCUGCUCACCAAUCCUUCUCCACCACGUUCAGCUGCUCACCAAUCCUUCUCCACCACGUUCAGCUGCUCACCAAUCCUUCUCCACCACGUUCAGCUGCUCACCAAUCCUUCUCCACCACGUUCAGCUGCUCACCAAUCCUUCUCCACCACGUUCAGCUGCUCACCAAUCCUUCUCCACCACGUUCAGCUGCUCACCAAUCCUUCUCCACCACGUUCAGCUGCUCACCAAUCCUUCUCCACCACGUUCAGCUGCUCACCAAUCCUUCUCCACCACGUUCAGCUGCUCACCAAUCCUUCUCCACCACGUUCAGCUGCUCACCAAUCCUUCUCCACCACGUUCAGCUGCUCACCAAUCCUUCUCCACCACGUUCAGCUGCUCACCAAUCCUUCUCCACCACGUUCAGCUGCUCACCAAUCCUUCUCCACCACGUUCAGCUGCUCACCAAUCCUUCUCCACCACGUUCAGCUGCUCACCAAUCCUUCUCCACCACGUUCAGCUGCUCACCAAUCCUUCUCCACCACGUUCAGCUGCUCACCAAUCCUUCUCCACCACGUUCAGCUGCUCACCAAUCCUUCUCCACCACGUUCAGCUGCUCACCAAUCCUUCUCCACCACGUUCAGCUGCUCACCAAUCCUUCUCCACCACGUUCAGCUGCUCACCAAUCCUUCUCCACCACGUUCAGCUGCUCACCAAUCCUUCUCCACCACGUUCAGCUGCUCACCAAUCCUUCUCCACCACGUUCAGCUGCUCACCAAUCCUUCUCCACCACGUUCAGCUGCUCACCAAUCCUUCUCCACCACGUUCAGCUGCUCACCAAUCCUUCUCCACCACGUUCAGCUGCUCACCAAUCCUUCUCCACCACGUUCAGCUGCUCACCAAUCCUUCUCCACCACGUUCAGCUGCUCACCAAUCCUUCUCCACCACGUUCAGCUGCUCACCAAUCCUUCUCCACCACGUUCAGCUGCUCACCAAUCCUUCUCCACCACGUUCAGCUGCUCACCAAUCCUUCUCCACCACGUUCAGCUGCUCACCAAUCCUUCUCCACCACGUUCAGCUGCUCACCAAUCCUUCUCCACCACGUUCAGCUGCUCACCAAUCCUUCUCCACCACGUUCAGCUGCUCACCAAUCCUUCUCCACCACGUUCAGCUGCUCACCAAUCCUUCUCCACCACGUUCAGCUGCUCACCAAUCCUUCUCCACCACGUUCAGCUGCUCACCAAUCCUUCUCCACCACGUUCAGCUGCUCACCAAUCCUUCUCCACCACGUUCAGCUGCUCACCAAUCCUUCUCCACCACGUUCAGCUGCUCACCAAUCCUUCUCUCACUUCCCCCCUUCCUCCUCCCAACUUACAGUUUCUCCCGUGGCCGCCUCUUGA